ACCUUUGAAGGAAAAAGGGAAGUGCUCAGACGUCGCGGAGUGGAGGAGCGGAGUUAAGUCGAGGGAGCAUCAUGUCCGCGGAAGUCCCUGAGGCGGCCUCGGCAGAGGAGCAGAAGGAAAUGGAAGAUAAAGUGACUAGUCCAGAGAAAGCUGAAGAAGCAAAGUUAAAAGCAAGAUAUCCUCACCUGGGACAAAAGCCUGGAGGCUCAGAUUUUUUAAGGAAACGAUUACAGAAAGGGCAAAAAUAUUUUGAUUCUGGAGAUUACAACAUGGCUAAAGCAAAGAUGAAGAACAAGCAACUGCCCACUGCAGCUCCAGAUAAGACAGAGGUCACUGGGGACCACAUUCCCACUCCACAGGACCUUCCUCAGCGGAAACCAUCCCUCGUGGCUAGCAAGCUGGCUGGCUGAUUAAAAGAGCUGAACUGCAUGAAUCUUCUAAUUCCCAUUAUUUCUCGUUAAUAUGUUACUUAUCCACUUCUGUUUCCUUUCAUUCACCAAGUCUUUUGAGACUGACAGCUUUGCAGGUAGCGGUAGUGUGUGCUGCUAUUGUAAGGGAACUAUUCCUGUGUAGAGGUUUUGACUAGCUUAACAGUGCACUGAUGAGAGGGACAUGUUAGAGCAACCUAAGUAAUCUACUUGAAAAUAAUUGUAUAUAUUACCUAACUUCUAAAGUAGAACUGGUUCCAACAAGUAACAAAGCAAGUUGUACCAUUUUAAUGUUCUGGCUUUCUUUCUCCUUCAUCUUAAUUAUUGCUUCGUAUGCUAACUCAUGUUUAAUAUGACCUCCAUUGUGUUGAUUUCUUUCGUAUUUUCCUUCUGGAUUUUGUAAAAUGAAAGCUUAAGACCACAAGUUGGAAGAAAAGUCACAUAACUCAAACACAAGCUGAUGGGGCUCCAAAAGAUUGGAAUAACUGCUUAAACUUGAAUAGCCUUCAUCCUGUCUCAGCAUUCACAGUAGAAUCUCCCUUGGGCAAUAUUUGUCCAUUCCGGUGUAACGUGUGGCUUCAGUGCUUAGCAGCUGUUGGUGAAGCUCGUCCCCGGUUUUGUGGCGUUACAUACAACCCUUUCAUUGUGGAACAUGUGAAUGAAGUGCGCAUGUGCAGUGACUGUUGCAUUCACUUUUGUGCCAUUUUUGUAAAUACAAUAGUUUUGCACAACCUUUCACAAAUGUCUGUGUUAAUUUCACAUAUUAGAAAGUAGAUAAUGUGCCAACCAGAAGCACAAGAGUUCCUUAAAAAAAAAUGUCCUUACAGCUUUUGUAUAAUAAGAAUAGUUUACAAUUUGGGGCUUAUAGAAUACCAAACUGAAUUUGUGGCUCGGUCUGCCAUAGGAUUAAGCUUUUUCAUUUGCUAUUAAUAUCCAUGACUUUCAGUGGCCUUGUGCAAAUAUGGUAUGUUGCUUAAGCAUAUCUUUUGUCCUGUGCAGAAAAAAUCAUUUUGAAAUUUUCAAUUCAUAUAAUUUAUAUAAACUUUUUUUAAUGUAA